GAGUGGGAAUCGCUGUCGUUUUGCAAUUUUUCAAUAGAACUAUCGUAUUUUUAGCGAUUUGCGCGUUUAUUGCGUAGUUCUGAGCCAGCUUUUCUCGACAGAUGACUUUGCAAGACGACUGUAUGUCGGGAAAAAUGCGAAAAUUUUAUAUUCGUGCCUGCGCUGCCGUGCUUUCGCUAGUUAAAGCAGAUCAAUAAAACUAUUUUUGUUUAGUUGGAGGAAAGUGUUUAAAAGAAUGUGAAUGCGCCACUCGAGCUGCGUCUUGCUCUAGUGUCGCACAGCGUGUGCGCUAUUUUCUUACUAACCCGCGCUGUAUUGUUUUGUGACAUUGAAAUCUAUUCGGUGCUGAGGUUGUCCUUAGGCAGGCAAACGCUCUUCACAUCAAAAAGCCCACUUUAAUAACACAAACUUGUCCAGUGACGGUGUUACUAAUUUAGAACUUCCUUUCUGUCCUUGCGCCACCCAUGGUCUUCUCCACCGGGCGCCCACCACAGCGCUUGUUGCCCUUGCCUUUUCGGGGUCAGUGGGCAUGACCCUACUGGUGCUGGGAUGUGCCCUGCCACAGCCCAGCAAUUGGUACCCCUUCUUCGUGGUGCUGUUUUACGUGCUGUCGCCGCUGCCCACGUUGAUAGCGCGCCGCUUCAAAGAGGAUGUGGCGAGCUCCAGCGCAGCGCAGGAGCUGGCUUACUUCAUCACCACCGGCAUCGUCAUCUCGGCCUUUGGCCUGCCCCUGGUGUUGGCACGGUCACCCGCAGCACCCCACGCUGUGAUACAGUGGAGUGCCUGCGGCCUGGUACUUGCGGGUAACGUCGUUGUGUUCAUCACCAUCCUUGGCUUCUUCCUGGCCUUCGAUAAUGACGAGGUCGACUACAACAUGUGGUGAAUAUUGCAGCGGCUGGAGACGGACGACGUAUCUGCGUGUGUGUGUGCGCUGGUGAACUUAUGGUGCACACUGUACAUAGUGUGUAAUAAAAUUGCCCUCCCACAUCCUGCCCUGCAAGCUUUGCCAAGCGGGGCAGGUGAACAUUGCGUAGAAUAGGUAACUGUUGCUUUAUGGAUAGUGGAGCCAAAAAUUGUGCUUGUUGCGACAAAACGAAAGGGGGCUUCGCAAUACAUCCGCUUGCAUUACGCUUCUCAUGUUGAGCAUGGGAGAUGUAAUUUAUAUAUCCGUUUCUUUGUACAGCAUGAAAAACUUGUAUGCCACGAGGAGACGUCAUGGGAUUGUUUGUUAAAGACAGUGUGGCUAGAGAUCUGUAUUGCAUGUUGUGCUUACGACACCCGCCAACUCUCUACCGAGUAGGUAUGUUGUUGUGGGCUACAAAUACGAAGUCGCUCAUUUGCUUGGAAAUUUUGACAUUUGUCACAAUGGUGCCUCUGUUAGUGAAUAUUUCUGAUGUAAGCAUUUCAUUAUUUAACGAGCAUGCAUCCCCCUUUCGAUCACUGUGCAUGUGCUAAUGAACUGUAAAUAACUGGACUUGUAACUGAUAUAUGGGUUUAAUAAAAUGUGUACGGCACCAAG